AUGAAAGUUUUACUGGCAAUAUUCGUGCUGGCUGUGGCUGUGCUUAGUCGGUUGUCUAUUUCUUCGGACGGAUCACUUGCCAGUCGGGAGGCAGUGAUUGCCUUAACUCCAGACCAAUGCUACCAACGUCUGACAGACAUCGCCAGUUUCCCUCAAUGGAUGAUAUCCGUCCAGGCAGUUGGUGGUUCGCACAUUCCAAUCAAACCCAAGGUUGGACAGCAUUUCGUCAUCACCACAGAUUGGGGAUUUCUCGGAACUAUCGACCAAGACGUACAUGUGGUAAAAGCGGAUGGGAAACGCAAUUUCGCCUACGACGUCGAGAACUGGAUAGGCACACAUGUCGAAGCUGAUGUGGAUCAACUGGGAGAAAGACAGAGCAAAAUUAGAUUGACGGUCAGUUCCAGAGUGAAGAAUCCGUUACAGAAGUAUUUGAUACACCCAUUCGCACGUCUGUACUAUUCCAACUGGCUCACACAUUCCUUGCUGAAUUUUCAAUUACGCUACUCUUGACGUGUCAGAUGACCUCUGUGGAACUUCGGUUUGCUAAGGGUACAAUCAUGCUACCGAUAAUUUACAAUAUCUAUGACGCAAU